UAAUAGCACAGCUGAUAGAGAAUGGCUGGUUCUUGGGUGCACAGUAUUGGGAAACUGUGCUGUAUUGGAAAAGCGUGCGUUAAAACUUGGCAGUGAACCCACCAAAAAGAAUCCAAUUCUAGGCGUUGCAAACUCAAAAGGGAGGAAAUGGGUUAAUGGGUAGAUAAAAAUGCCUCCUUGUCGAGGUUCCUCUCUCUCUCCGUGAUAAAUUUUUUUCUCUUGGUUUCUCUGCAUAUGCUUCCGUCUGGACUCUAGAGCAAUACCCACAGAAGGUCUGUCUGUUCUCUGUGGUGGGAACACAUGCAAAGGUGAAACAUCAAGGGAAGUAGGCAUGUAUAAGAACCAAUUACAAGAAUUAGCACAAAGAAGCUGCUUCAAUCUUCCUUCAUAUGCCUGUAUCAGGGAAGGGCCAGAUCAUGCACCAAGAUUUAGAGCCACUGUGAACUUCAACGGGGAGAUCUUUGAAGGGCCGAGCUAUUGCACAACUCUGAGACAGGCCGAACAUGCUGCUGCUGAGGUAGCACUGAACACUCUCUCGACAAGAGGACCCCCCAAGUCUCUAGCCGCAAAGGUCCUGGAUGAGACUGGAGUUUACAAGAACUUGCUUCAAGAGACUGCCCAUAGAGCAGGCUUAAACCUGCCUGUUUAUACCACUGUGAGAUCAGGCCCAGGCCAUUUGCCUGUAUUCACCUGUACCGUGGAGCUUGCUGGUAUGAGCUUCAAUGGAGAUCCAGCAAGAACAAAGAAACAAGCAGAGAAGAAUGCAGCCAUGACGGCCUGGUCUGCUCUGAAGCUAUUGCCAAAUCUGAGUUCAUCCCAAAUCAGCAAGGAACCUGUUAAUGGCGGUGAAGAGCAGGAUCAAGUGAUUGUUGCUAGAGCCCUCUCUGACCUCAGCCCCAAAGAUGAGAACAGCAAACUAGCAAGACAAAGAGAGCACCAUCAGAAUAUAGCUAGGAAGCGAAUCAUGAUGAACUACAGAAGCAAGAACGCAAUUAAUUUCCAGAACUCUUCUCACCAAAGGCAAUGGAGGUCCUCAGAUUUGUUAUUAGAGAUAACACCAGGUCCAACGAUGCAACAGCCGCAACCGCAACCACAAUCACAGCCACAACCACACCCUCCAAUGAGCGUCUUCCUUGGACUCCCUGCUCCGCAGUGUUCCAAACUUUUACCCCCUCUUUACCAGCAGAAGCCCAAGGAACCAUCAUCUCAGUCAAGUACCUCGCUCCACGAAGCGCCAUCUUCCCUAGCCAAACAAAAUCAAACCAGAGUCCUUCCUGUACAAAUUAGCAGCCUUCCUCAGGCCAGACUACAAGAGAUGUCAACUCCUUUGGACGAGCAUCGGAAUGAUGAAGAGGAAUGGCUCAAUGGGGAAAAGACAGAAGUUGCAAAUAGAAUUAUGCAGACAGAAGCCAAUGCCAAUGGCUCAGCUAGUGUUUUCCGGCCGAAAGCCAACUUCUCCAGCCAUCUUGCACCACCGAAUCUUCAGCUUGGCCAGAAGACUCAAGAAACCCAGAUGGGAUCACCCAUGAAUUUCAGAAUCCCACCACCACAAUCUUCAAUGACUCGCAGGUCUCCUAUGGUUCAUCCGAGAAGAUUCUGCGGUCCAGACUUCCCCACACAUGCAAUGGCUCCUGCUGUUCAAAUACGCUCAGUGAUACCGGUCUGUGCUGCACCACCAACAAAGCCUCCCCCAGCUCCUCCAGAACAGACUCAGAAGCAAGAGCCCUCUUGUUCAGAUUCACUGAGCAUUGCAGAGGCCGGUUCAAAGAUGGCCAAUCUCUCGAUAUAAAAAGACAGCACUCCCAAUACUGGCGAUGAUUUCGCAUUCGCCACCAUCAUCACCUCUACCACGCAUCAAAUUUCCGCAGGUUCUUCAUAUGGGUAUCAUUUUACAGAAAGGCGUGAAUUUUUCAUGUUCUUGGUUCUGGGCUUAAUGGGGUCCUCCUUACAAAAUUUCCCGGAACAAGAGAAAAAUUUUGUGACGUGGGUGUCAAUCAAUUUUACCGUCGGAAAAGGAAAAAGCUUUGAAUGGUCUUGUCUCA